AUUUCUCUCUUUCUCUUUUUAAAUAGGGACUGAAGAAACAAAUAAGGAUGGAUCUGUUUCCAAAAGGCUUCUAGAAGAAAAGAACAGUCUUCUUCACUAAUACAGAUUAGUGCAUUGGCACUACAAUGGUUUGGAAAUGAUACUGCAGUAUUUUAUUGUGCUGCCGGCGAAGCAGCAUUACAUGGACUAAACUGGCUUCCAGGCAACAAAUAACACUUAGAUCCUUAUCGCUGGCCAGAUAUAAACCAGUGUGAUGUUGAAAUGAGAUGAGGCUCCGAAAUGGAACUGUGGCCACUGCAUUAUUUUUCAUCACAUCUUUCCUGAGUUUGUCCUGGUAUACAGCAUGGCAGAAUGGGAAAGAAAAACUGAUCGCUUAUCAAAGGGAAUUUCAUGCUUUGAAGGAACGUCUUCGGAUAGCUGAGCACCGAACCCUGCAGCGUUCCUCUGAAUUAAAUACCAUCUUGGAGCAGUUCAGGCGUGCCGUGGCGGAAACGAAUGGCAGCAAGGAUGCACUGAGCAGUGUUUCAGAUGAAACAUUAAAAUUGUUGAAGGAGCUAACAAGCAGAAAAGCUCUUCAAGUGCCAAAUAUAUAUUACCACUUGCCUCAUUUGUUGAAAAAUGAAGGAAGCCUUCGACCUUCAGUGCAGGUUGGCCUUGGACGAACAGGAGUUUCUAUAGUAAUGGGAAUCCCUACAGUAAAGAGAAAAGUAAAAUCUUACCUUACGGAAACACUUCACUCACUGAUUGAUAAGCUUACACCAGAAGAGAAGCUAGAUACGGUUAUGAUCGUCUUCAUAGGAGAGACAGAUCUUGACUAUGUAAAUGGUGUCGUGGCAAGCCUAGAAAAAGAGUUUUCUACAGAAAUCAGCUCUGGCUUGGUGGAAGUAAUAGCCCCACCUGCAUCCUACUAUCCUGAUUUGACAAAUCUCAAAGAGACUUUUGGAGAUUCAAAAGAAAGAGUCAGAUGGAGAACAAAACAAAAUCUGGAUUAUUGCUUCCUCAUGAUGUAUGCUCAGAAAAAGGGCAUUUACUACAUCCAGCUUGAGGAUGACAUCGUUGUCAAGCAGAAUUACUUCAGCACAAUAAAAAAUUUUGCACUUCAGUUGUCAUCUGAAGACUGGAUGAUUCUAGAAUUUUCUCAGCUCGGAUUCAUUGGUAAAAUGUUUCAGUCUCCAGAUAUUACACUCAUUGUAGAGUUCAUAUUUAUGUUUUAUAAAGAGAAACCUAUUGACUGGCUCUUGGAUCACAUUCUUUGGGUGAAAGUUUGCAACCCUGAGAAGGAUGCAAAACAUUGUGAUCGACAAAAGUCAAAUCUGCGAAUACGCUUCCGACCUUCACUUUUCCAACAUGUGGGUCUACACUCCUCUCUUGCAGGAAAGAUUCAAAAACUAACAGAUAAAGAUUUCCUGAAACCAUUAUUGCAUAAAAUCCAUGUGAAUCCACCGGCAGAAGUGUCGACAACAUUAAAGGUCUAUCAAGGACAUGCUCUUGAAAAAGCCUACAUGGGUGAAGAUUUUUUUUGGGCUGUUACACCAGUUGCUGGAGAUUAUAUUCUAUUAAAAUUUGACAAACCUGUCAAUAUAGAAAGAUACUUGUUUCACAGUGGCAACCCAGAACACCCAGGGGAUGUAUUUGUCAACACAACUGUGGAAGUGUUGCCUUUUAAGACUGAAGAGCUUGAGUUAAGCAAAGAAACCAAAGAGAAGCGAUUAGAAGAUGGAUAUUUCAGAAUAGGCAAGUUUGAAAAUGGUAGAGCAGAAGGAGCGGUUGAUCCCAGUUUAAAUCCGAUUGCAGCUGUCCGUCUCUUAGUCAUACAGAACUCCUCUGUCUGGGCAAUUCUAAACGAGAUUCAUAUUAAAAAGAUCCCCAACUGAUGAAGGAGAAGAAAGAAGAUUUUUUGUGUUUGGGGGAAAAAAUCUACAAAAUUCCAAACAGCAGAGUGAAGACAGUGAGCAUGCACCUUAUUUCCAACUAGUCUUUCACUGAAACUCUACCUCCUGUGAAAUCUACUGUAGAUGAGAAGACUGACCCAGCAAGAAGAGUUUUUUGCAGUCUAAAAACCGAUUCUCAGCUGGUAUUAUUUAUCUAGAUCCAUGGUUUCUCCAUCCGAACAUGACUUUGUUGCCUAAGGAUCACCGCAAUCUUGUCAACUUAUCCACCUGUGAUAGGACUUGCUAUGUAAAAGUUGUACAUAUUGUUAUAUUCCUUAAAGAUGAGAAUAUAUAUAUAUAUAUAGUUGUUUAAAUACAUUUUAUGAAGGGGGUACUUUUUGAAGGUCCAUUUAUUUUGCUAAUGCAAACCCUCUUUUAUAGAUGAUCAGGGAUCUAUAUUCAAAACCAUUAGGGAUAUUUAAUUUAUUAAAUGAUUUGAAAAAUACAUAUUUUUAUGCAGGUAAUAACUUGAUGCCGUUUUUUAAAAAAACGAAUGACCUUGCUUCUUGAGUUAAUUCUACAUUUUGCUUUGAUAAUGAAGUAACCAUAUUUUGUAAUAUACUGCCAUGAUCAGAAUUGUUUGAGUUUGCAAAUGAAGCACUUUUGUAUCACACCAAGGACACAGUCAAUUCAAAAGCUCUUGUGGACAAUCCUCAUUGAUGCCAAUGGGCGCUAAAUCUAGGCUAGGUUGUUUGAAGGCAUAAUAAGCAAGGUAUGUGCAAGGAUUUUGAAGAACAUUGCUCAUAAAAUAUCAACAAGUUUAAUCUUCGCAUAUUGAGGAUUUUUCUACUUUAGUAGGGUGUAUGACAUCCGCAGUGAUCUUAGAUUUGAUUGAUUACAGAGGGAUUUUGAUAUGUUAAAUCAUUGAUGAGUUUUCUGAAAUGUUGCCAAGUUAAUUCCUCUGAAAGAAAAGCAUGUCUGCCUGUUUUCAUUUUGCUUUGUGACUCCUUUUGUAUGAUCUCUAUUCAGUAUUUUGGAACAAUUUACCACUGAUUGUUUUCUUUAGGGAUUGUAACAAGAAAAAUAGGACAGAAGGAUAUUGACUGAGCUGUUUUUUAAUAUUUACAUGCUUAAAUGAAUCCCCUUUUCAUUUAAGAGGCUCAUCCCUUGCUUAAAACAUUUCACUCUAAUUGACUGAACCUUGAGAGCUCAUAUGAGCCUAAUGUUUGUCACUUUCUGAACUUCCAAGGGAAAAAAAUGUCAAUAGCUUUGGGGAGAGGCAAUUCGAGCACUUUGUGCCACGGAGCACAGUAGACAUGCAAUAACUAAGCUAGUAAUGCAAACCAAAUUUGUGUUAUUUCCUUAACCCAACAAAGAUAUGGAAAGCUAAGCUUUUUAGCCUCACCUGCACUUCAAUCACACGUGGUAAAGAAAAUUUACGCAAAUUAUUGUAGCUUGUGUCAUGAGAUAAUUCUUAGAUACUCUGUCUUGGAUGUAAGCUUAUGCCAAAAAGUAUCUGUCUUGCCUUUGCUUGACAGUCACAAUCACGCAGUAGUAAUGAUAGUGUGAUUAGGUGUUUGCCUAUUUUGCUGUCAUUAGACUCCUUAUCGAGAAGUAGGUGAAGUAAUGUAGUCAGGCAUCAGAUAGUUCAAGAUGUUUCCACAAUGGACUUAAAUUUUCUUGCUUCUUCUAAAAUCAGAUAGAACUAGUAGAUUUUUACAAAAGAAGAACAGAAUUAAAAUGAAUUAAAUAGAAAUGUUCCCGAAUUAUGGUAACGAAGUCUUGGUGUGACAAGACAGGCCCUGAUGGUUUUGUGCUUUACACUAUCUUAAAAUAACAGCAAGCUGAAUUAUUGACACUAAUUAACAUGUAACUUCCAGCAGUGGAAGUGUUUUAAAAAUUCCUGUUUCAGAUUAUUGUUGAUGAAGAGGUACCCAGAUCAACUUUGGUGCUAAAAUGUUUCCUGUAAAAAUUAGGAUCUUAAUAGCUGCCACCUUUGAUUCCUUCUUCCCUUCCACUUGCAAACCAGCUACUGUUAUUUCAAUCAUUUACUUGCAGGCCAGGUAUAUUUAUCCUUUUCCUGUCCCGCCAAUUAUACUAAGACACAACAAGCCUCACAAAUAAUUACUUCCUCUACUAGAGGAAUCAAACAGAUUUGUGCUUUACUUGAAUUAUGGUAGUUGCCAAGGUUUGAAUAUGUUAGCCUUAACAGUGACUAAUAAAGACAACUGGAUGGUUUGAGAGUUCCUCUUAGUUAGACUUUUCCUAGGAAAUCAUUUUAAGAACUGAGUAGUUGAUUAUCCAUAGUAACUGGAUUACUGUUUUUUAAAAUGUUAGAAAUUCCCUAUUCCCUUUCUCAAUCAGUGCUUUGCUGUUGUGUUCCUGUUCAUACUUUGGUGGAAUUUGCAACUUUAGUGCUGCAGCCAGCAUUUCUCUGACACUCCAUUUUUCCAUCAGCCAUUUACAGUGCUUGCUGUCUUUUUUUUUUUCUUUUAGAGCGAGAUUUUGACUUUUGUUAAUCUUGCUGCUAUGUUUGAAAACCUAAUUGGAUCAUGUUAACUGUGCCUUUCAUCAAUGUGCUAUGUGCCACAGCUGCCCAUGUAAGAUUUGAAAUAAAUAUUUUAAAAAUG